AUGACAGACAGGGAGACAAUAUCAGCGAUUGAUAAUCCUCAAAAGGAGGAUGCAAAUGCAUUUCUGGCGCAGCUUGGCCUGGACGCCCUCCCAUCAGCAGAGCAACUGCGAUCAGAGCUUGAGGACGAACUUUUAAAACCAAAAUGCAACUUUAUCUCACAAAGGGUAGAUCAAUAUCAAAUCCACUGGGAGCAGUCUCUCGAUAUACAGGACUUGUUCUCUUUGGAACCGAGCUCAUCGCCUCUGAAACUAAGCUACAAGAGGGCAGGGUUGGAUGGAAGAGUGAUCGGCGUUACGGAAACCCGAGUCUCUAAAACUCUAUCCGCACUCAAUUCAACAUCCAUGCAAAGAGCGGCUGCUCCUCCUGGCAGCUUCGUACGUGGCAAGUCUGGCCAUGUACCAUUCUGGCCCGGUGGCUUGGACGAAGCUCUCGGGCUUGACGAAGAUGCAGUCAACAGAAAUGGCACAAGCGGUCUUCAGACAAUUCCACCAGGCUUUACGCGUGGGCUCAGAUUACCAGGCGAGGUGGACGAGGCCGAGCUCAUAAACCAGGUCGCGGACCACAUCACGAGUGAGCCGAAGUUGUACGAAACUGACGUUCCAGUCACCCGCCCGCCACCUGAGCAUUCCGAGAUUGACGAGCUACUCCCACUCUCUCGUGUACAAGUCUCUGGGACAACGGUCCCAAAGCAGCAGAAACGCUCUUUGCCCCAAAGGCGCGAUUGGGCCCAUGUCGUGGAUGUCAAUAAACCAAUGCCACAAGCACGCUUCAAGCAGCUCGUGCCCGAAAUGGCUCAUAACUAUCCAUUCGAACUGGACACAUUCCAGAAGGAAGCAGUAUACCAUUUGGAGCAAGGUGACUCUGUUUUCGUAGCCGCACAUACAUCUGCAGGCAAGACAGUCGUCGCAGAGUAUGCAAUUGCACUGGCCGCGAAGCAUAUGACCCGAGCCAUAUACACCUCUCCCAUAAAGGCCUUGUCUAACCAAAAGUUUCGCGAUUUCAAGACGACCUUCUCUGCCUCUUCCGUGGGUAUCCUGACAGGCGACGUCCAAAUCAACCCUGAAGCAAAUUGCCUCAUCAUGACAACAGAGAUUCUACGCAGCAUGCUCUAUAAAGGCGCCGACUUAAUUAGAGACGUCGAGUUUGUAAUCUUCGACGAAGUGCAUUACGUGAACGACGCCGAGAGAGGGGUCGUAUGGGAGGAAGUCAUCAUCAUGCUUCCAGAUCAUGUCAAUAUCAUCCUGUUGUCCGCCACUGUUCCAAACACCAAGGAGUUCGCGGACUGGGUCGGGCGAACCAAGAAGAAAGAUAUUUAUGUCAUAUCUACUCCCAAGCGACCAGUUCCCUUGGAGCACUUCCUAUAUGCUGGAAAAGAAACGUUUAAGAUCGUAGAUGCCAAAGGCUCCUUCUUGUCUUCCGGAUACAAAGAAGCUGGUGAAGCCUUGCGAAGAAAACAAGACAAAGAACGCGAAGCUGCGGGCCUUCCUCCAGUCCAGCGUCUCGGUGCUCGUGCAGCGGCUCCUCAGAGAGGCCAAAGAGGCGGUGGGCCUGGGCGAGGAGCGGCGACGCGAGGCGGAGGAGUCGUCAAGACCGGUCCCAUGGGUGGUGCUCGUACAUUCCAUUCGGCUGACAAGAAUCUCUACGUUCAUCUACUUAAUCACCUGCGCAAGAAAGAACUACUUCCGGUCGUCGUCUUCACCUUUUCCAAGAAGAGAUGCGAGGAAAAUGCCGCGACACUCACCAAUGCCGAUCUCUGUACCUCUGUAGAGAAAAGCGAGGUCCAUGUGGCAGUAGAAAAGGCACUGUCAAGACUAAAGGGGACAGACAAGCAGCUUCCUCAGAUUGGUCGAAUGAGAGAUCUACUCUCCAGAGGUAUCGGAGUGCAUCAUGGGGGAUUACUUCCUAUUGUUAAAGAGGUUGUGGAGAUUUUAUUCGCUCGGGGUCUAGUCAAGAUCUUAUUUGCUACAGAAACAUUUGCCAUGGGCGUAAACAUGCCGGCUCGAUGUGUAGUCUUCUCUGGUAUACGAAAGCACGAUGGGAAAAGCUUUCGAGAAUUACUUGCAGGAGAGUAUACGCAGAUGUCUGGUCGUGCCGGUAGACGUGGUCUGGAUUCAACGGGUGUUGUGGUGAUUGUUGCAGGAGACGAACUUCCAGAGAUGGCAACACUAAACAAGAUGAUGUUAGGAACGCCCUCGCGCUUACAAUCCCAAUUCAGGCUCACAUAUAAUAUGAUCCUUAACCUACUUCGCGUUGAGGCACUAAAAGUCGAGGAGAUGAUAAAGCGAAGCUUCUCUGAAAACGCCUCCCAACGACUCCUACCUGACCAGCAAAAGAAGAUUAUCGAGAUUGAGGCGAAGCUAAAGAAGCUGCCUGAUCUUCAAUGCGAUGUCUGCACCCCUGACAUUCAAGUUGUGUACGAUCUUAGUAAGGAGAUUAUAUGGCGCCACCAAGACUUAUUGUCUACUGCUGCGAGCCAGCCGGCGGGUACCAAGCUGUUUGCACCAGGAAGAAUUGUGAUCCUCCGAGACGGGCACUUCUCGGGCAAUAUCGCCGUUCUCCUCAAGAAGGCACCGUUAGCUUCUGUUGCCCAAGACGGAGGCCAAAAGCUUGCUCCGUAUUUUGUUUUGGCUCUAAUAGAUCCAGAAACAAAGCAGAAAGCGCAUGAAAAGCAAUCUAUCCCACCCAUAUGGGAUAUCAAACCUGAAACGCUGAUGCAAGAGGAAAGGGCAUAUGAUGUCUGCAUUGUUCCAAUUAGCAGUAUCCUGCGAGUUACGAAUCGCGUGAUCAAGCCGGAUAUCGAUAUGAUUUUGGAGCGUCAACGGAUAUCAGUCAUGCGUGAAAUUGUCGAGCAGUUACAAGAAAUCGCCACGGAGUGGCAUAAUGCAUCACCACCACGAAUCCCAGAGGUAGAAUGGUCCAAAAUGCGUCAGCUCGAAUUUCAAGAAAAUCUGAGGUCAAGAGAAGCCCUCGAAAAGCGCUUAGAAGGUAAAGGAUGCACGCUUUGCGAGCACUUUAAUGAACAUUAUGGUCAAAUCCACGAGCGGAAGCAACUACUUGCGGAGAUUGAGAGCCUCAAGUUUGCAUUGUCAGACCAGAACCUCGAACUACUCCCCGAUUAUGAACAGCGCAUAGCUGUACUCAAAGAUCUGAAGUUCAUCGAUGAUAAUUCUACAGUUCAGCUCAAAGGGCGUGUGGCUUGCGAGAUCAAUUCGGCCGAUGAACUCAUUCUGACGGAACUUAUCUUGGAAAAUACAUUUGCAGACUAUGAACUUGAGGAAGUCGCGGCACUUCUCUCAUGCUUUGUGUUCCAAGAGAAGUCGGAAGUAGAGCCUGUCUUGACACCCACACUCGCCAAGGGUCGCGAAGAGAUCCUAGUCGUUGCAGACCGCGUGGGUCGCAUACAGGACUAUCACAAAGUCAGCGCAGAGGACUUUGAAAAGAAACUCAAGUUUGGUCUAGUAGAAGUCGUCUAUGAAUGGGCCAAGGGUACCACAUUCGAGGACAUCACAAAACUUACCGAUGUAGCUGAAGGCACAAUUGUGCGCGUCAUUACCAGACUGGACGAGACUUUUCGGGAGGUGCGCGACGCCGCCAGGGUCAUUGGCGAUGCAGAAUUGUUCAAGAAGAUGGAAGAAGCACAAACAAAAAUCAAGCGAGACAGUGAGUAUAUCAUCGGUCACCCGACUAUUUACUGA